AUGCCAAUAUCUCAACAAAAAAGUUCCAACAUAUCUAGCAAAGUUAAUAAAAUUGCACAAGACAUUUUAGCUAAUUCAUCUCCAAGUAAUAGAGAAUUUGUUAUAAAAUCUGUUGAGAAAAAAUUACUAAAAGCAGCUGAACAUUUAGGUGAAAGAGGUAAAACUCAUGUCCAACUAAUUUUAGAAGGAAUUAAAUUAAAAAUCUCAAAUUUCACAAAACAAAGAUCUUUAUCAAACAGUCUAUCAAUAAAAAAUAAAGAUAUUACUUCUCAUAACAAUAAUGAUGACCAAAUUAUGAAUACGCAAGUAGCAGACGAUUUGUCAAAUAAAAUAGAAAAACUUAUUAAAACUGAAUUAGAUAAGCUACUAACUGUAGAAAGUAAACAGAAACUUUUAGAUAAUAUUAAACGUCGAGUAUUAGAAGCUGUUGAAGAAAAAUUAAAUUUAGUUCGUGAUGUAAAACCAAAUAGUGACACAAAAGGAAAAGGAUUACUUGAAUAUACCGAUAAAGUCGAAACUGAUGACUCUAAACAUGAUAUUAAAAUAAUUGACCAAAUCCAAAGCAAUGCAUAUUUUACUGAGAAUGAUUUAGGAAGUACUCGUACUCUUGAAAGAUUUACUGCAGCUCCUAUAUGCAAUAAUGUAUAUGAAAAAGUUUGCUCCGAUAUAAAAGAUAUGAAUAGAUUAAAAUGUAUUUAUGAUGAAGUGUUUGUGUCAUUAGACAAGCUGUGUGAUGGUCAUAAUGAUUGUGCCGAUAGAUCUGAUGAAAAAUAUUGUGGCUCACAAGGUAUAUAUAGAACUGAUCUUGUUUCCUUUGCAGCUAUGGAAAGAAUGGAAUUUUCAAAUAAAGUAAUAAAUAACAUGGAACAUUUACUUGCAAACAACUGUUUUAAUAUAGAUAAGUCAUCUUUGGCAAAACGUACUCAUAUACUUAGAGAUGUACUACAAUCCCAAAUUGAUUUUAAGGAAAAAUAUUUAAAUUUUUCUUCACAUAUGAAUAAGCUUUCCGUAAAGAAAGAAUCCGACAGUAUAACAAGUAUUAAUCGUAAAGCAUAUGAAAUUGCAAUUAUUAUAAGCUCCCUUGCUUACGCUUUAGAGAGUGCAUUCUGUUCUCAAAGAUCAAACGACAAUGAAUCAAGACGUAAAAAUAUAUUCGAAAAAGGUCUGGAGGAGAUGAUAGAAGAAGUAACUUGGCCACCAAAGUGUGUUUGUAUUAGAGAGCAUUGUCAUAAUUGUACGGACGCUUGCAAGCGUAUCUGUUGGCACACGUACAGUCUAACUAAAUGGAAAUGUGAAUCUAUAAAUGGCACUGGUGCCAUAUCCUUGAACUCACUAUGUGAUGGUAAAUUGGAUUGUUUUGAUGAAAGCGAUGAAAAUGGUUGUGAUACAGCAUCCGGAUACACAAAAUUUGAAGCACAUGAAAUAUACAGUAAUGUACUGAAAAUGGUAAAUUUGAAAGCCUCUAAGGAACGUUCUUCAACGGUAAAGAAGUUAAAUUUAUUGCGAAAUUUGAUAAUAAAAUUACAGAAGCUUACAACUAAAACUGAACCAAAUAAAACAGCUAUUAGGAAACUUCGAAACAAGUGCUAUUCUCUUUUAAAGACGAUAUACUUAGAUAUAUUAAGUCAGUCAUCAGCAGCCAGUGAACUUGGAGAAGCAUAUUUAUUCUUGAUAGCUAUAAACCAAAACUUAGUAUCUGCAUUAAAGAGAUCGGAUACAGGCAAUAAAAGACUUAUAACCGAUGAAUGUUACUGCAGAAAUGGUAGCUGUGGUAUACCUUUCUGUUCAAAAAGUUGUAUAAAAUCCUGUGCUGUUGAACCCAAAUUGAUGAAAUAUGAUUGUAAAAGAAGUUCGAAUAAAACAGUAACUCUUGACAAGAUUUGUGACGAAGAGAUUUGCCGUCGCCAUCAUUUGAUAGUAUUAAGAAACACCGUGCAAGAUACAGGAAAACAUCUAGAAGGAACAUCAUUAGGUGAACUACUUAAUACAUGGAAAAAUAAGGUAGUUUCAAUGAUAAAAGUUGCGGAGAAAGAUAGCAGACCAAAGCCGAAAAUAUUCAGAAAUAUAGUCAAAAAUAUUCUUAAGGAUUUGGUUACAACUUACGGCUCCGUAGAGCAUUAUAGAAGAAGUAAUGUUGAAUACGCAUUACCAGAUUUUUUGAGUAUUGCCCAAAGCAUCAUGGAAACUGUUAAAACUUGUGGGAAA